GAAAGACAGAGCUCCAUUAUUGGGUUCUUUCAUCAUGUAAAUCCAAUCUCCUCAGCCCCCCCAUAUGUACGUAUACUUGCUUUAAUUCUCUUUUCCCUCUAAUAAUUUCACUGAAUCUAGAGUUCUUCAACUGCAAAUCUCGAUAAAUUUGUGCCAGAUUUCUCGUUUUUGAGUUUUUCUUUUGCUUUCAAUUUAAGCCUAGGAGAAGAAAUCUUGGUGAUGAAGUUUCGCUGGAUUUUGGUGGGAUCAAAUUCUGUAAAAUGAAGAUUUCAGCUCUGAAUCUUGUACUGGAAUGAGUUCUUUGAUUGAUUGAAGUUUCUGUCGCGAAGUAUGGAUCUAUAUCAGAAGAGAACCAAGACAGUUGACCGAAUCGAUUCGGUUGAUCCUGGUGUUGAUCCUGAUGUUGUAUCACCGGAAUUAACUCGGGUGUGCCCGUUCCCGGACGAGGUCUUAGAACCGGUGCUCUCGCUAAUAAACUCCCACAAAGACCGCAGUUCGGUGUCUCUGGUCUGUAAAGAUUGGUACAACGCUGAGCGGUGGAGCAGGCGUCAUGUGUUUAUCGGGAAUUGCUACUCGGUAUCGCCGGAGAUUGUUGCCGGGAGGUUCCCGAAAAUUCGGAGCAUCACCUUAAAGGGGAAACCAAGGUUUUCGGAUUUCAAUUUGGUACCGGAGGAUUGGGGAGCUGAUGUCUAUCCAUGGCUGAGUGUUCUCGCGAAGGCGUAUCCCUUCCUGGAGGAGCUGAGACUGAAGAGAAUGGCGGUUAGUGACGAGAGUUUGGAGUUUCUGGCGAAGAACUUUCCUGAUUUUAAAGCUUUAUCGCUAUUGAGUUGUGAUGGGUUUAGUACUGAUGGGUUGAAAGCCGUUGCCUCUCAUUGCAGGGAUCAAAGGGAAAAAAGCAGAUUUUGCAUGAUUUGGGUUGAAAAAGAUCACAUAUUUGCGUCUGAUCUGGCCGAUAAAAUUAAUGGGAAUUUAACGGAGCUAGACAUACAAGAGAAUGGGAUUGAUGAUCUUGGUGGGGAUUGGUUAAGUUGCUUCCCUGAAAGCUUAACCUCGUUAGAAGUGCUCAAUUUUGCCAGCUUAAACAGUGAAGUCAGCUUUGAUGCCCUUGAGAAGCUUGUUAGUAGGUGCAAAUCAUUAAGGGUUUUGAAAGUUAACCGGAAUGUAACUUUAGAUCAAUUGCAAAAGCUUCUUUUGCGGGCCUCACAAUUGACUGAACUUGGAACUGGAACCUUCAUGCAAGAACCUGUUACCCGUCCGGUCAAUGACCUUGAAAGUACUUUCAGCAACUGUAAAAAUCUACUUACUCUCUCGGGUUUGUGGGACACUAGUUCACUUUAUCUACCGGUUAUCUACCCUGCCUGCUCUAGUCUGACUUUCUUAAACCUCAGUUAUGCAACUUUACACAGCGUUGAGCUAGCAAAGCUUCUCAUUCACUGCAAAAGUCUACAACGCCUCUGGCUAAACUUUUUCGUGAGUCGAGAUCUCCAUGGCAACGGUCUUUCUGCCUCUUGGAUACAGGUUCUUGAUACUGUAGGGGAUAGGGGUUUAGAAGCUGUUGGAUCCUGCUGCCCAUUGCUUGAAGAAUUGAGAGUCUUCCCAGCUGACCCCUUUCAUGACCUGGAUGUCACAGGUGUAACUGAAUCCGGUUUCUUGUCAGUCUCUCGUGGCUGCCCAAAACUGCAUUACGUACUCUACUUUUGCCACCAAAUGACAAACGCAGCUGUAGCCACCAUUGUGCAGAACUGCCCGGGUUUCACCCACUUCCGCCUCUGCAUAAUGAAYCCYGGUCAACCAGAUUACYUGACCAASGARCCMAUGGACGARGCYUUUGGUGCRRUUGUCARRACYUGYACCAAGCUUCAACGSCUYGCGGUUUCCGGCCUYUUAACYGAYARRACMUUCGAGUAUAUCGGKAAAUACGCWAAAAACYURGAAACMCUUUCUGUUGCUUUUGCAGGAAGUAGUGAUCUGGGUUUGAAGUAUGUGCUUGGAGGCUGUCCAAAACUGAGGAAACUUGAAAUACGAGACUGCCCGUUUGGAAACGCUGCGUUGCUUUCGGGUUUGACCAAAUAUGAAUCAAUGAGGUCUCUUUGGAUGUCUGCUUGUAAUUUGACCAUGAAUGGGUGUAGGGUCUUGGCUAAAGAGAUGCCUAGGUUGAAUGUUGAAGUGAUGAAAGAUGAAGAUAGUGAAGAUAGCCAGGCUCAUAAAGUUUACGUCUAUCGAACCGUGGCUGGACCACGAAGGGAUGCACCACCCUUUGUCCUGACCCUCUGAGUUCAAGAAAACCGAACCGGUUAGCCCUCUCUCUGUCUAUCUAUAUAUAUAUAAAGUUGGUAGCUUGAACAACUUGUACUUUGUUGAAAAUAAUGUUGUAUUGCAGUAUAGGAAAAACCCAUGGGUAUUAUCGAAACUUUUAAUUAAAAUCGUUCCGGCCAUCGAGCUAUUCAUAGAUCUACCGUUUGGAUUAUGGCCAAAAAUGUGACCACCGGACGGGGGUCAAAGCUCGAGGAUGUUAGGACUGAAGGUUGCACGCAAUGAUAUGGGAUAGAGUCGUAGUUCUUUUUCGCGUUUCGACAAGUUUAGUAUCUUGAUGUGUAGUUAAUCUUUGAAUAUCAAGCUUGAAUCUUUAAAGCCAAAAGUGAGACUGUUUUUCUUGCUC